UGUGUACUUUACUCCCGACCGGGGGCGUGUGUGCGAGCAGAAUGCGGAAAGAGUUGGUUCUCCUUUUCUUGCUGGUGAUUCCCUUUUCUCUGGGAAUCAAUUGCCGUCGGAAAUAUCGAUGCGCAAACGAGAAGCGAUCAACUUGUUUGGCUGCUUGUGCGGAAACACGGCAGUCUGCUAGUAGGAAGAUUACUGUAGGAAGUGAUCAUGAGUGCGAGGGAACAUCUGAUGAUGAGCACUUGGUGAAGACGAAUGAAUGCGGUUGUGUUAGAGUGUACGCAAACGAUUGUCCGCCUGGGGUAUUCCAAGCGGCUGGCGAGUGGAACCCAACAGCCUCUAUUGACAAUUUGAAUGCGUAUCUAUUUUCAUCAACACUGCACAAAGGUCCCACGCUUACUCUUACUGGAGAGACAACGGAAAAUAGAACAGAUAAAGGGGUGCAGUUGUCAUUGGUUGUUCGUUUGUAUGAUGGUGCGGCGACAAGAAACUGUUUCGUUAUCUAUAGAGACAGCAGCAAUACACAAUCACAGCAUUUUGUAUGUACUCUUGGCCAUUCUGAUGGACGUGGGAAGAUCAAUUGGAAAUAUGAUACCAUGUACAUAGCAAGAUUUCAAAUUCUAUCUAGAAACAUGAGUUCCAAGACUUGGGUUCAAAAAGUUCAACCACUAAAGUGUCAGUCAAACAGUUGCCCUACAUCAAAGCCAAAUUUUCCAGCUCCCCCUGCUCCAGACACUGUUAUCUUUGCACUUCACGCAAAGCAUUCAAACAAGAUAGACGUUCUUACAAAGUGGAAACAAGGGCGAUCAGAAGCUCCCAUCAUUCAAGCAGUACUCGUAUUGUUUGUUCUUGACAGGUCAACUAAUUCUAUGCAUUUCUUACCUUCUAUAGAAAUAAAUGCUAAUAAAACAUCUCAUAUUUUGACAGCUCUUGACAUCAAUAAAGUGUAUUGUGUUUAUGUUACGGUAAUAAUUGAUCCAAAUCUGUCCCACAAUCCUCACAAUACAAGUCGUAUAUUUUGUUUCGUAUACCGGAAUCAAACUAUGGAACAGUGGGAUCAAAGUCAUAGACAUCAAACUACCAUGUCUACCACUUCUAAAGUGACUAUGACCACUAAAGUGAUUGUGACAACUACAGACAUUACUGUUUCUCAACCGAGAAAUACAUAUGUGCAUUGGGCGUGGGUGAUCGGAUUGCCAAUAAUUGGAAGUGUUCUGAUUUUUGUUCUGACUGUCUUGAUACUUUGGAGAGUUUAUAAACGAGUGACAUCAUCACACCAGGAGGAUCAGCAACGGAUAGUUUCAAGUUUUACAGAUAGCGGAAAUGACAUAUCCAAUCGAUGUACUUCAUCUCCGGAGCCACUUCAUGAGGAGAUUGAGAGCUCGCAAAGUUGGUGUCAGGUGACCGAGCGUCACAAUAGUUUUGCUCACCACAUUCAUCCUUCAGAACUUCAACAGAAGGGAUCUGGAGAUAAUGAAAACUCUCAAUGUUGCAACAGCAAACCCAAAGUUCUUGUAGUUUAUUCGCAAAAGGUUACUGUUGCUGGGCGACAUAUAGUGUACAAGUUGCGUCAACACAUGGGAGUUGAAGCAAUAUCAUCAGAUUUUAAUAAUCUUGAAGUGUGCUCAAACAUUGCUCAUUGGGUGGAUGAAAGGUUAAGGUGGGCAGAUUUUGUUAUAUUUUUGUGGGAGAGGCAUUUAGCAGAGGAAUGGAAGUUGCGAAUAGCACCAGUAAACAACUUGAUCAUUGGACACGUGGAAGGUCUCUAUACAAGAGAUCAAGAAAGAGCCAGUCAGAAGUGUCUUGUGCUUACUAUGUCUCCAGGUGAUAAACAGUAUGUGCCUGGUGUAAUGGCAAGGCAGGAAUAUUUUUUGUGGGAAGGAGAUGGAGAAGCAGAAGAACGGCUGUUGUAUGUAUUGCAUUCACAGCAACAGUAUUUAUUACCUCCUGUAACAGACUUUGGAUAGAAUUAGGUCAUACAGAUAAUUGGAUCUCUCAAUGGUUUUGUGUUGCUCAAGUCUAGCUCGCUGCGUAGUAGCUAGGGUUCAACUUCUUGUACAGUGGUAUGUAAUAAUGUUUCUAACUACAUCAUGUGAUUGUCCAUUAUUUGUUGCAGAUCACUGAGCAUAUAGUGCACAAUUUUGAGUGUACUUGUCAGUUUAAUUAAUAUGCUAUCAGCAGUUCAAGUACAUUAAUUAUUAAAGUAAUAGAUGGAAUUAAUGAACAAC